AUGGAACAGUUUGAACCGUUCAAAGGCCCAAUAACGUUAAAAACGGAUCAUGAGGUUUUUCAAACGCCUAAAAUUGAAGAAAUAGAAGUGCACGAUGAACAGGAGUCUUUGGACGAUCAGAUCCGAAAAAUCGCUGAAUUGGCUUCAUCGAUGGAUGCGGUUUCGAGGCUGAACAUUCCGAUUAUUGUAGGAGAUCGUAUCAACGAAAAAGUGGAAAUCAACGAUCUUCAUCCGGCAAAUACGAAUAAGAGUGAAAUUUCUCCGAUUCCUUCACCAAUAAGCCCUGUUGCAACUGAAAACAUUAGAAGUGUAAAACAUGAAGCUUCACAAGCAUCCAAUGAAGAACGGAAAAGUCGGAAUGAUAAUAUUGUUAUAGAACAACCCAUCAGAACUUCGAUUCAAGACGAACUUGCGAAAGAAAUCAGGAACAUUCAAAAAAGCGUUGAUGAAAAUUCAAAGCGGUUAUUUGAAUCAGAGAGCGACGAAGAAGUUGCAGAAAGCCCAAUUAUAGAAAACAAAGAAGAAAAAAUUGUAAAAAUGGAAGUUGAAAAGACUGUAAAGGAGCAAAGUGCAAAUGCUGCAAAAAAUGACGAGCCGAAAAUUGCGAAAACGGAAGAAGGGUCGAUUUUGAAAAGAGGAGGAAAGAAUGUAGGCAAAAAAGAAGAAAAAACGGACGAACUAUGGCCAAUUCCGAAUGUCAGAGAUGAUAUUAAAAAGCAACUUGAAGAGGCAUUUAAGAAACAAAAUAAAUUUUCAUACGAUGAAAAUAGUCAAAAUAAAGACGAGCAAAUCGUAAAAGUGGAGAGAAAAGUGGAUAUACCGAAAACUGCUGAAAAUAUAUCCAAGCAGACUGUUGUGAAAUCAAUAUUCGAUUCGGAUUCUGAUGAAGACACGACAUUUCAUUUUCCACCACCAAAAAUGAAUGGAAAUGUUCAAACUGCAAAUUCAAUUCCAACAAAAUCGCACAUUUCGUUAGCAAAAGAGCUUUCAAGUGUUGAUAAGAAGACUGUUGAGCCGAAAACAGUUGGCGAAACGUCUCCGCUUCCACCAUUAUUAGGAAAAGCUUCCACAUUGGAAAUAGUUUCUCAAACGAAUUCCAAAAAAAUUGUGAAAAAAUCAAUUUUUGAUUCGGAUUCGGACGAUGAUGACAGCAUUUUUGCUUCGAUAAAGAAUCAGAAUGCCAAAAAAAAACCUGUUGAAGUGAAGUUCUCUGAAGCAUCAUUAUUCAGCAAGGAAUCGACUGAAAAGAAAGAUGUUUUCGUUCCGAAGAAUAAUACUAAGCACAAUUCUACCCCACAACCAAAUUCGGCGGAUUUCAAUAAUACAUUGAACAAUCUUCUUCAACGUGGUCCGCCAAUUACAAAACCGGUGCAGACACCAACUGCUGAAGAUAUUGAAGAACAUUCUGAUAAUUUAUUGAAAGCAUUAAAGAGCCGUCCACGUGGACCUGCCAAACGUCGUCCGGGUCGUACAUCUUCAAAUUCUAUCUCUUCAACAAUUAAUGAUGAAGGAAAUCACACUGAGGAUGUGUCGUAG